ACCGGAAGUGCCUUKAUCCUAUUGUCCCACCUUGAUGUUUGGAAGCAGCUGCUGGAGCUGCUCCUCACUCAGAUCAGAGGAAGAGACCAGGAUGGACUCAGAACAUCACCUGCUGGGAUUUACCCGCGCUUUUCUGCCACAUUCAUGGAAUUUAAAAUAAAUUCAGAAAAUUUAAUCAGAAUAAAAAACACGUUUAGGUGGAGCUGAAAUGAACGGUUUGUAGGUUUCUCCUGYUGAGACACAGAACUGACCAUGAAAAGUUUCCUUCUCUUGUGUCUCUGGACUUGUCCUCUUAUGGUUGACGGCCGGCAUCCAACCUGCAACUUCAUGCUGGAGGUGGAGAAGGACCAGGUGGAGUGUGUGAAGAGGCUGAAGGAGGACGAGGAAGCUGCCGGUGACAAUAAAGACGCAGGAUGCAGAGGAGCCUGGGACAACAUCGCGUGCUGGGAGCGAGCUGAAUUUGGUGAAACCGUCACCAUCCCGUGUCCUCGAGCUCUCAGGACCAUAUUUGGCAGAAACGGUAACAUCAGCAGGAACUGCACGAGAGCYGGCUGGUCGGAGGUUUUCCCGAACAUCAGCAGCGUGUGUGGGUCGGACACGAGCCAGGACAAGCUGGUGUUCUACGUGGUGGUUCAGACGUUGUACACUCUGGGUCACAGCCUGUCGCUGAUCGCUCUCACCACGGGGAGCGCCAUCCUCUGCUUGUUCCGGAAGCUCCACUGCACCAGGAACUACAUCCACCUCAACCUCUUCAUCUCCUUCAUCCUGAGAGCCGUGGCYGUGCUGGUGAAGGACGACAUCAUCUUCAACCGAACCUCGCAGUGCUCCAACCAGCCGUCUCUGGUGGGGUGUAAAGCCAGCUUGGUGUUCUUCCAGUAUUUCAUCAUGGCCAACUUCUUCUGGCUGCUGGUGGAGGGUCUUUACCUGCACACUCUGCUGGUCGUCAUCUUCUCUGAAAACCUGCAUUUUAUCUUCUACAUGUUCAUCGGCUGGGGAAUCCCCACCGUCUUCGUGUCUGUGUGGGUGAUAACACGUGUUUAUCUGGAAGACACGGGGUGCUGGGAAAGAAAUGAUAAUCUCAUUCCUAACUGGGUGAUCAACGGACCAAUUGGAUUCUCCAUCAUGGUUAACUUCAUCCAGUUCAUCAACAUCAUUCGGAUCUUGGUCCAGAAGCUGCGCUGUCCCGACAUCGGCGGCAACGACCAAUCACAGUACAGGAGGUUAGCCAAGUCCACCCUGCUGCUCAUCCCUCUGUUUGGGAUCCACUACGUGGUCUUUGUGUGUCUCAGCGAGUCCAUCGCCGAGGUUUAUAAAAUAUUCUUUGACCUGGCCCUCGGCUCCUUUCAGGGUUUGGUUGUGGCCAUCCUCUACUGUUUCCUGAACAGCGAGGUCCAGGGGGAGCUGAAGAGGAAAUGGCGGAGCGUUUGUCUGAACUGCCACCUGAGCAGAGCUCGUCAUUUCAGCAACAACUUCACCUCCAGGAACGGCUCGGAGCAYACCAUGCAGUUUCACCGCAACUCCAGAGCUCAGUCCAUCCUGCAGUCGGAGACCACCAUGCUGUGAGGGGUCCAGAACAUUCGCAGGUUUAACCCCCGGCGUCAAAACAUUUUACACAUUUUUUUAAAAAAGCCGACAGACGCGUGUGAGCGGCUCCGUCUUUUCACAGAUCUGCUUGGAUCCGUUGUUUGAGGCUUCAUGUUUGCUGCUUUGAACAGGAAAAGAAUCUGGAGUUUCAUGUUUAAACAGRUCGUUGUGACUGAGGUCGCAGGUCUGGAUGGGGUACAGACUUGUUCUCUAAAUAAUGAGUCCAAACGUUGGAUACUCUGAGCUAGGAGCAGCGUCAUGAUUGGAGGCUAAUAUUUGGUUGCCAUGAGGACUCUUAGAUCUAUCAARAAACAUCAACUGAGACAGAAUUUGUGAAAAUAUGUGGCUCAUCAUGGUGUUUAUUGUUCUAAACAUAAAGCCAAGUGGAUAUUUGUAUUUUUAAAGCCAUUAAUCGUUGUUUACCUUCAAAUCGGCAGAAUCAGCAGUCAAAUUUUCAAAUUUCUUCAUUGCAGCUGCUUCAGGAAGUGCUUUCCAAACUUUGUCAGUUUUGGUUCAAGAUUACACCCAUUUCAGAAUAUGCCAUUAAUUUAUUGUACAUUUAAUGAACUGCRUGUUAAAAUCUCUGAACAUCUGAAAAAAUGUGGGGAAAAACACAGUUUUUCUGAUUAAAGAUGUUGUUUUGUGCUGCAGAACGUAAUUAGAAUAGAUUUCAGCACAGCUGUCUUACUGAAACAAACUUUUGUUUCAUAUUUAUGGAUUGUGUGCUUGAAGAAGAGAAGAAUAACUGGGACUAGUCUGCUCGCACACACUUGUUUUUAAAGCUCACAUGAAACAAAACACUCAAUUAAAAGUCCAGAAAUGGAGGUUGGUGCAAAUUUAUACUGAGCUCCAUUCUCCCUUGUUUUCUUAUGUAGAAAUCUGUAACAACAAACACACUGUUCUGCUGCAACCCACAUUUAAAAAUAAAAUAUAAACAUAAAUUCAGAUUUUUUUUUGUCACUACAUUCCUUUAAAGUUAAAGAACAGUGUUCAUAAUAAAAUAGUUACUAUUAUAGAAUACUCUAAUGGUUUCCAAUUAAGAUWAAAAAAAUAGCAGAAAGUGAAAAUGUUGAAAAGUGCACUUUAAAUUUUACUAACGAACAAAAAGUAUUUUUUUCUUUGUUGUUUGUUUUAUCAAACUGAAUGUCUUAAAUAUUCAGCUGCUGCAGUUCACUUUAACUUCUCCUGGAUCCUSAGCAUAGGCCAGGGCUAUUCAACUGGUGGCCCACGGGCCACAUCYGGAUCGUGGGUGCAUAACAUCYGGUCCGCCAAUGAGCCCCAAUUUUUUUAGCUUAAUUUAACAUAAAAAUAGAUUUCAAAUCAUUUAUAAACUUAAAAUAUAUGUUUCAAUGCAACAAAAUAAAUUUAAAAAGUAAAACACUUAUUCUGUUACAUGCUGCAGUGUUUCACCAUUAAUGGGCAGCCUGAGCUGUGGGGCUUCAAGUAACCCCGGCCACUGGAGAGAUUUAGUUUAAUAUCCCUGGCAUAGGCACUGGAGAUUAAAAGUUCUGAUUAUUUCUAAAACAAUCAUCAGAUUAUGGUUUUAUCUGUUGAUGUUUUAUCGUAAUAAUUUGUUUAGUGACAGCAGCAAACCUUUAAGUUUAAACCAACAGAAUCGGUUUCAUUUCAUUCUAAACCUGGCUGAAAGACAAGUUUUGGAUUUAAAAUACUUUAGUGGUAAACAGAAAACCCUGAGAAUUAAAAGUUGUGCCUCUCUGUUUUUGUUGAAAGCCUGGAGUUUGUUGAACAUUUGGACUGAAAGUUGUCAGAAAUACAAAGUGAAACAAAUGCUUCCCUGUAAAUUCAGACAUAAAAGGCACCAAGUUGUUUCUGUGGCUUUAAAUUAUUAACAUGGUAAACACCAUUCCAGACAUUACUCUUUUUGUUUCCUGAAAUUCUCGACAGUCAGAGGCAGAAGCGUUUGAUGAGAACAUGAAACCGUCUUUUGAUCAGCUCAGUAGUGUUUUUGCCUUUUUCUGUGUYUUUAUAAAUGGCUGUCAGUCUGUUUGGUUUACUUUCUGUUUGUGUCAAAGACGGCCAGAAAACUGGUCAAACUUUUAGCUUYUGCUGUUUAUUUUUCAUGUUGUGUUAAAUUAUUUCAAUAAGACAUGAAAAUACUGACACUUAAGCAUAUGCUUUAAACCUCCAUCAUAAUAUAAAACUGUGUGUAUGAACAUUUAUUUAGCGUCUUGACUGCCAAUAACUAUUUAUUUUUAUUGUUCCACUUGAUCCAGUUGAUAUAUUCUGUAUUUCUUUGAGGAAAUUUGCAUGACAAGCAGCUCACUGUAGGAAAACAAAAUCACAAUCAUUUAUAAACAUCCAUCUAAACUAAAGGUUUCCUCUGGUCUAAAGGGUUUCAGAUCUAUAUAAUCCGGUGGGGAAAAAUUCUGCAAAACCAAACAAGUAAAAUGAUGUUUUACAGCUUUAAAAAUACACCCGAGUAUCAUCUGCAUAACAGCAAAUAUCACGAUUACACUUUAAAUUACGAUUGUUCAUUACUAGGCGAAGCGAGAGCUGAGCCAGAAGGUAAAGCUCUCGGUUUACCGGUCAGUCUACAUUCCUACCCUCAUCUAUGAUCACGAGCUUUGGGUAGUGACCGAAAGAACGAGAUUGCGGAUACAAGCGGCCGAAAUGRGUUUCCUUCGCAGGGUGKCUGGGCUCUCCCUUAGAGAUAGGCUGAGAAGCUCAGUCAUCCAGGAGAGACUCAGAGUAGAGCUGCUGCUCCUCCAC